CAGCCCGGCCACCCUGGCCUGCUCACCCAGCUGCUGAAGACAGGGGCCGGGAGGCAAUGCAUCGCGGGCCGAGAUCAAAGGGUGCCGGAUGUACUGCACUGGUGGUUGCCGUGGUAGCCAGGAAGCUAGAGUUGACCAAGGCCGAGAAACACGUGCACAACUUCAUGAUGGACACGCAGCUCACUAAAAGGAUAAAGAACGCUGCAGCCAAUGUUUUGAGGGAGACCUGGCUCAUCUACAAGCAUACCAAACUAGCAAAGAAGAUCGACCACUCCAGAGUCCGCAAGCACCAGAGGAAGUUCCUCCAAGCUAUUCAUCAGUUACGCAGUGUGAAGAUGGAGCAGCGAAAGCUGAGCGACCAGGCCAACACACUGGUGGACCUCUCAAAGAUGCAGAGCGUGAUGUACGAGCUGAUGUCGGAGCUCAACGACCGCAGUGAGGACCUGGAGCGCCAGAUGCUGUCCCUGGAGCACCGGGUGGAGCAGCUCACCGCGGGGUUCACUGCCCUGCCCGCCCACCUGUCGGCCACCCUCAGCGCCCAGCACGCCGCCCUGGUGCACCUGCUCCGGGAGAGGGACGCCCGUGACUGGAGAGGGGGCGGCGGGGGUGGAGGCGGGGGUGGCGGUCCUGCAGCCGGGGCCGUGGUUCCCUUCACGGGGCCGGCGGCGGUGCCCGUGACGGUGGUGUCCCAGGCUCAGAUGGCGGUUCCGGCGGCGGCGGCAGCAGCGGGACUCACCGUGGCCCAGGUCCCGGUCCUGGCGCUGGAGUCCCCCCCGAAGGUCAGCCAGUCCCCAAGCUCGGAGGGCAGCCUAGGGGAGAGCAGCCCGGCCACCCUGGCCUGCUCACCCAGCUGCUGA